UUCACCUUUGGUUGUUGGAUUCUGGGAGAACAGCCAUUUUUCGUCUCCCAUUUCAAAAAAUUUGAAUCACAUAUACGAUAACAUCACUUUUUUAUUACUGAAUAAACAUUUCUGAGAGGAUGACCGGUCAGUAACGCCACAUUUAAGCGUAUUUCUGCUGGUCUCAAUUGUCAAGUGACAGUCUGGGUAAGGCAGACGGUGAGGCAGACGGUAGUUACCGUAAGUACCGUUAUAGGAGCACGCCAAGUCUGCUGUUAGCUAACUGUUUGUAAUCGUAUUAAACUAAACUGAAUGAUGUGGGAGCUAUUUCGGUGUGCACGUGAGGAGUGUGAAACGAACAGGACAGGUAACGGUAACCCAGCUGACGUUAGUAGCUGCCUUCAAAGUAAAGUCAGAGCUAACGUUGAUUUCGGCUAAUGGUUAGCCGUUAGCGUACCGCUACUUAACUACUAACUGGCGUUAGCAUCCUUUGCUUUGCUAAACGACGGCUUUUUCAAACGUGCUUUCGUUUGAUAGUGUAAUUUCCUACGUCUCUGAUAACCUGCUUUGUCGUGUUUUGCAGCCUAUAUCGUCCUACUUUACGGACUAUAACCGGAAGCUAUCCUUUAUUUUGAAAACUACAUCCGGAAGCUGUUUUGUUUUGCAUGAAGGCUCGCGGACUUAACGCUGGUCUGUCUUCUGGAGCAUCACAACAUUGUCCUGCCGCUUUGUUCGAGGGACAGAAAAGCAUCACACUUGUCUUCGAUGAAGUGUGUAUGAAACCAGGCAAUGUCCGCUAUGGUGUACCCACGUGAAGAAGCCCUGGAGCGCCUGAGUCAGGAUGAGAUCGUCCUCAACACGAAGGCCGUGGUGCAGGGCCUGGAGACGCUGCGCGGCGAACACGCCCAGCUCCUCAACUCGCUGCUGGACUGCACCCAGCCACCCGCCGCACAGGAGAAAUCAGGGCUGCUUCGCAAGAGCAUGGAGGCCAUCGAGCUGGGCCUGGGAGAGGCACAGGUGAUCAUCGCCCUGUCGAGCCACCUGAGCGCCGUGGAGUCGGAGAAGCAGAAGCUGCGCGCUCAGGUGCGCCGGCUCUGCCAGGAGAACCAGUGGCUGCGGGACGAGCUGGCGGGAACGCAGCACAAGCUGCAGCGCAGCGAGCAGAGCGUCGCCCAGCUGGAGGAGGAGAAGAAGCACCUGGAGUUCAUGAACCAGAUCAAGAAGUUCGACGACGACGUCUCGCCCUCGGAGGAGAAGAACCAGAGCUCCGGGGGCGGCGGAGGAGGAGACACUUCAAAGGACAGUCUGGAUGACUUGUUCCCCAACGAUGAUGACCAGGGACCAGCCCAGCCCAGCGGAGAGGUAGCCGCCCAGCAGGGGGGCUACGAGAUCCCGGCCCGCCUCAGGACGCUCCACAACCUGGUGAUCCAGUACGCCUCCCAGGGCCGCUAUGAGGUGGCGGUGCCGCUGUGCAAACAGGCCCUGGAGGACCUGGAGAAGACGUCCGGACACGACCACCCGGACGUGGCCACCAUGCUCAACAUCCUGGCCCUGGUGUACAGGGAUCAGAACAAGUACAAAGAAGCGGCUCACCUCCUGAAUGACGCGCUGGCCAUCAGAGAGAAGACCCUGGGGAAGGAUCACCCGGCUGUGGCCGCGACCCUCAACAACCUGGCUGUCCUGUACGGCAAGAGGGGCAAGUACAAGGAGGCGGAGCCUCUCUGCAAGAGAGCGCUGGAGAUCAGAGAGAAGGUGUUGGGGAAGUACCACCCGGAUGUAGCCAAGCAGCUGAACAACUUGGCCCUGCUGUGUCAGAACCAGGGCAAGUACGACGAGGUGGAGUACUACUACAGACGGGCCCUGGAGAUCUACGAGUCCAAGCUGGGAGCCGAUGACCCCAACGUGGCCAAGACCAAAAACAACCUGGCCACGUGCUACCUGAAGCAGGGGAAGUUCAAAGAUGCGGAGUCUCUGUACAAAGAGAUCCUGACCAGGGCACACGAGAAGGAGUUUGGAUCCGUCAACAAUGACAACAAGCCAAUCUGGAUGCAUGCAGAGGAGAGAGAGGAGAGCAAGGGUAAGCGCAGGGACUCUGGCCCGUAUGUGGAGUAUGGAAGCUGGUACAAGGCCUGCAAAGUGGACAGCCCCACAGUGAACACGACCCUCAAGAGCCUGGGAGCUUUGUACCGUCGCCAGGGCAAACUAGAGGCCGCAGAAACACUGGAAGAGGUCGCCACCAAGUCCCGUAAACAGGGUAUUGAUGCCAUCAACCAGAGUAAGGUGGUGGAGCUGCUGAAGGACGGGGGAGCCGGAGGGGGAGACAGACGACACAGUAGGGAGGGAAACAACGGGCCGGGUGGACAGCGGGGGGAGAGCGAGGGCGACGACUCCGCUGAGUGGAACGGGGACGGUAACGGGUCUCUGCGUCGCAGCGGCUCCUUCGGGAAGAUUCGUGACGCCCUGAGGAGGAGCAGCGAGAUGCUGGUGAAGAAGCUGCAGGGGAGCGGACCACAAGAGCCCCGCAACCCAGGAAUGAAGAGAGCAAGCUCCCUCAACUUCCUCAACAAGAGCACUGAGGAGACCACACAGGACGUGAACUCCGGCCUCUCGGACUGCAGAGGACUAAGCGCCAGCAACGUGGACCUAUCCAGACGCAGCUCCCUGAUUGGCUAGUCAGAGACAGGAGGCGGGACUCAGGCGACAGAAAGCGGCCCGGGCGAAGGAGAGGCUGUUUGCAGCUUGGUUUGAUCCAACAAACGCACUUAAAAGCUCAAAGCGAGAUCGACCGCUUGCACCUGCAGCAUAUUUUUGAAAGAAAGCAUCGCCACUCUAAACGCCGUCCCGUCAGACACCCCCGCUGUACAAACCGCUGCAACCCAUCACAAAAGAGAAUAUUUAGAUACACAUUAAUCAGCAUGCUGCUUACUAGAACGUGGGAUGUCUGCACCUGAACGCCUCGCGGUUUUUGACUCGUAGCACCGCGCCGUAGCCUCAUCGCAAGUAGUCCGUUCCUCAGAUCUCCACCACGUGCAGACACUCGACCGUACGUAGGCUAAAUGUACUCCGGUUUCCCUUCAGAGAGAAGCUUCGCACUCCGUGUAUUUCACCCGUAGCAUGAAGUAUUUUGCCGAUGCCGAGCGCCCGUAGAAAUGGUACGAUCCGCUUUGAUUUUAACGGGCAGAGCAGAGGCAUAGAAGAGAACACGAGCAAUCUCUGGGGAUCUUCAAGAAGACAUAAGCACUAACCAUUUAAACCUCACUUUUUUGCCUUCUUCUUUUUUAUGUAUAUACAGUUUUAAAUUAUUCGAUAUUUCAUUCUUUGUAUAUAGAGCACUUUCUUCUUUUCUGUUUACACUAUUGGGUUUAAGAAGGUCUCAGUAGAACAUACUGCUUAUCUGAAGGGGGGGAGGACGGGACAAGAAGGAAAGGAAGAGAGGGAGUGAAAGAAGGAAAGGAAGAGAGGCAGUGAAAGAAGGACAGAAGGAAAGGAGAUAUUGAAAUGGGCACGUAGCUCAUCGUGUCAGUAAAAAGGUCGAGCUUGCUGAUACAUUUAGUACCUCGAUCACUGAACUCUGCUGUCAUUCGGACCAAUGGUUCAGUCUAAAAUGUUCUAAAGCACUUUGAAUGCACCGGUGACACAAACGUCAGGAGAAUAUCUUUCAAAUGAAAGGGCCAGAAAGUUUAUAUGAAAUUUACAAAUGAACCUCAAUCAUUUUCAAACCCUACUAAAUACUACCUACUGUAUGUGGUACGACAGGAAGUUAAAUCAAACGCAGUAAUCAUUACCUGUUUCCUCACUUCCAGGCUUACGGCCAUAAGUCUGAAUAUGAAGGUAAAACGCUGUGAAAGAGAUUUAAAUACUGUUUGUUUACAAUCAUUAAAUCAGGAUAUUCAGAGCAUCAUCAGCACUCAUUAAAGAAUAUGAGUCACUAUAUCUUAUCGAGGCCGACGCAGCGCGUCAGCUACAACGUGUUUACUUUCAUCAACGGGAUUUUUCUCUUGUGAAUUCGUUUUUUUCCUUCAUUUACUGCUGAACGUGUAACAUUUUGUAUGAAACAAUCCUCAGCGUGACGUUUGUAACGCUGAGCAGGACGGACUUCAUCAGCUGUGAUCAGACAUCCGACUGUUGACCGUCCGUCCUCACUGACUUUUCUUUGUUUUUGAUGCGUUUCUUUUUUUCCUGAGCUUUUAUGUUGAAAGUACCGAUUAUGUGUGUUUAUGUUAGAUGUGGAUUUUGGGAUCUGGUGACAUUUACACUGGAUUUUCUUUUCUUUGUUGUGCUGUUUGCAAACUCCACCAAAAUAUGAACCGGUACCAAGAGAACUGUCCACAGAAUGUACAUCAAGUCAAAAAACGAGCUCGGCGAGUCGUGACAUCACUUCCUCGUCUGUCAUCAGAUUGUCAAGGAAUCGCUUUCGAAAUACAAGAAAGCCGAAAAAAAAGAAAGCGUUUUGUUCUUGACAAGCUGAGUUUGAUUUCAAAGAGAGGAAGACGCAGGUUUGUUGUGAAGGUGUUUUGUCCACGGCGGUGCGUGCACACCGUCGCCAUUACGCCCCAAAAGACCUGAAGUCAACCUUCUGAUGAAAUCAACCUUUGGAUGAGGUCACGCUGCCGAGUCUAAACUAGUGCUAACUGUUCUAUCAGCUGCUGAAUGUGCGAGGCGGAGCAGGUUUGGGAGGAGGAGGAGGAGGAGGAGGAGGAGUGAAGUGCAUUACUAAAGAAAUAAUGAGAGGUGUUUUUGGAAAGAAGUGCUUUAAUUGUCGUUCGCAGCAAAUAAUGUACAGAAUUAUCCGUAUACAACAUUUCUAUGUGUUACCUGUAUGUCACUUGUUCACAUAAGAAUGACGGGAAUUCCUCUAAUCGCACCACGUAGCUGUGUACAGAAGUUAGUGAGACACUAACUUGUAGUCCAGAAACUCCUUUUGUUCCUGACUGAGUUCCUCUACACACACAGAACUGUAAGACCAAUAAUAAGCAUCCUCUACUGUAUUAAUCAGGAAGUUCUCAAGCAUCUCUAUUAAUCUCAAACUCCACAAAUAUAUGAACAUUAAUACAAUAAUGUUGCUCAUUUAAAUGGCUGAGAGAAAAAUAUAAUAUAACUGCUGCUGAUUUUGAUCCAAAGCUUCAAUCGGAUCUUUCUGUUUCUCCGAUGUCCAAAUAUUUAUGGAGAUCAGUGCAGUGACUCGGAGCCCCAGCUGGUAAAUGUUGUGGGGGUGGGGCUUAAGUCCAGCUCCUGUAUUGCUGGCGAUUGGUGAUGGGGCCGACCUUAUUGUGAAGGGGCCGACCUAAUGUGUAUUUUAUCAAAGGUUCAAUAAAUACAAACUCCACUUUUCAAACUAA